UCAAGAAUUAAAGAGAGAACAACAUUAUGUUUUCUCGACCUCAGUCUCAACCUUAGAUUUUUUUUCUUUUCUAUUCACAUUCUCUGAUCCCAACUGUCCAUUACAAUAAUGUCGGUCACUACCACCACUUCCCCAUCCGUUGGAUCAUUCUACGUCGCGCGAUCUCGCCGGAAUAUACUUCCAAUAAGGAUGUCAGUCCGAUCCAACGUCGUUACAGCAAGUCCCAUUAUUACGAAGUUACAGAACGAUUGUGCAACUCCUUUGCCAGUUUUACGCCACGUGGCGGAUGCCAUGGCAGCUGAUAUGAGAGCUGGACUAGCUGCUGACGGCGGUAGUGAUCUCAAGAUGAUAUUAAGCUAUGUUGAUAACUUGCCUAGCGGUAAUGAGAAAGGAUUGUUUUAUGCAUUGGAUCUUGGUGGCACAAAUUUCCGGGUGUUGAGAGUGCAAUUAGGUGGGAAGGAAGAGAGAGUGAUUGAUACUGAAUUUGAGCAAGUUUCCAUUCCACAAGAGCUCAUGUUUGGUACUAAUGAUGAACUUUUUGAUUUUAUUGCAUCUGGAUUGGCAAAUUUUGCCAAAAAAGAAGGCGGCAAAUUCCACCUGCCACAUGGCAGGAAAAGAGAGAUUGGAUUCACAUUUUCUUUUCCUGUGAAGCAAACGUCAAUUGAUUCUGGUAUUCUUAUGAAGUGGACCAAAGGAUUUGCAGUCUCUGGAACGGCGGGACGAGAUGUAGUUGCUUGUCUGAAUGAAGCUAUGGAAAGGCUAAAGCUGGAUAUGAGUGUUUCAGCUCUCGUCAAUGAUACUGUGGGAACUCUAGCAGGAGCAAGAUACUGGGAUGAUGAUGUUAUGGUUGCAGUUAUUUUGGGUACCGGGACUAAUGCUUGCUAUGUCGAACGUGUUGAUGCUAUUCCAAAACUACACGGACAGAAGUCGCUUUCUGGAAGCACGAUUGUUAAUACCGAAUGGGGAGCGUUUUCAAAUGGUAUUCCUCUGACCGAGUUUGAUAGAGAUAUGGAUGCUGCGAGUAUUAAUCCUGGUGAGCAGAUAUUUGAGAAGACAAUCUCCGGAAUGUAUCUAGGAGAAAUUGCAAGGCGUGCAAUACUAAAGAUGGCUGAAGAAGGUGAUCUAUUUGGCAAAUCUCUGCCAGAAAAGUUGUCCAUACCUUUCGCACUCCGUACUCCAGACUUAUGUACAAUGCAGCAGGACAACUCUGAUGAUCUUCAUACUGUUGGAUCAGUCCUAUACGACGUUGUCGGGGCUGAGUCGAGCUUAAGUGCAAGGAAGACGGUGAUAGCGGUUUGUGAUGCUAUUGUGAAGCGAGGGGGACGCUUAGCUGGUGCUGGCAUUGUUGGGAUUCUGCAGAAGAUGGAGGAGGAUUCAAAAGGCGUUGUAUACGGUAAAAGAACGGUGGUGGCUAUGGACGGUGGGCUGUAUGAGCAUUACCCUCAGUACAGAAGAUACUUGCAAGAUGCUGUUACUGAGCUUUUGGGGUUAGAAAUUUCAAAGAAUAUAGUUAUAGAACAUUCAAAAGAUGGGUCUGGUAUUGGAGCUGCUCUUUUGGCUGCUACAAAUUCAAUGUAUGAUCAUGAUUUUUAGGUUUGAUGUUAAUGAUCCAAUUACUAAGAGUGUAACUUAUUUAUAUUGUGUAAUUAUUGCUUGAUUGAAGCACUCUAUUAGAUUUGGUUUCUGUUGUGUAGUUGAAAUAAGUGGACCGAGGAGACAUAAUUGGGUUAGAAAUGUAAUUGCUGAAUUGUAAUUUAAUGGCAUUUGUAGAACAAUGUAGCAUUAUUUCUUAGUUUAGAUGUCAAUACAAUUCCAUUUUCAGUUUA